CUUAUGUCCAAGUAGUUUACCAUUUCAUUAUUUUGAUAAUGAGAAAGGUUUUGGGGCAAGAAGUAGUUGACGACGUUUCCAUCGUCUGAGUUUCGUAGUUGAACAUUCUUUCCAAUUGUACGGAGCAUAUCAUGGUGGCAAGAAAGUUCCUCGUUCACCACCAAGAUUCCAACUUCGACGUCGACUACGACACCGAAGAUGGUUUUGAAGUCUUCAAAUUCCAGUUGUUUUCCCUCACGGCAGUUCCUCCAGAUGAGCAAAAGAUACUCGGAGGUGACGACGAUCGAGUUAUUUCCGAUGACUCUGAUCUCAUUGCAAUAUCCGAUAAGCUUAGAUUGGUUUCAAUUAAAGACGAAAACCCUCAAUUGGGUUCUGAGAUAGUGAAAUCUGAUGAAGAACUAGCUCGAAUGUUGCAGGCAGAAGAAGAAGCGCUUAUGUUUCAACAGUUUGCUGUUAGUCAAGAUAGCAGGCAGUUUGAACAGAGAAUCAGGCCUUAUGUAGAUCAGGUUCUUCUGUAUGAAGACUCACGUCGCCAAGAGGCUGCAAGGAAGACAGUUCCUGUGGAGAAGCUUGAGGAGAAAGCACUAGUUGCUUUAGCUAAGGAGGGGAACUUCAAGCCAUCAAAAAGUGAGCUUGAUCAUGCAUUCCUACUGCAACUUCUUUUCUGGUUCAAACAGACAUUUAAGUGGGUAAAUUCACCUCCUUGUGAAAGUUGUGGCAAUGAAACUGUCAAUCAAGGAAUGGGUGCACCAAAUUCUUCAGAAACUGCAUAUGGAGCCUCUCGAGUUGAACUUUAUCGUUGUAGUUCAUGUUCAAGAAUCACCCGUUUUCCACGGUAUAAUGAUCCUAUAAAGCUUCUUGAAACAAAGAAGGGUCGAUGUGGGGAGUGGGCCAAUUGCUUCUCACUCUAUUGCCGAUCCUUUGGCUAUGAAACUCGUCUGAUAUUGGAUUUCACAGAUCACGUGUGGACAGAAUGCUAUUCAAUGGUUUUGGGAAGAUGGAUGCAUCUUGAUCCAUGUGAAGGAAUAUAUGAUACCCCUUUACUAUAUGAAAAAGGGUGGAACAAGAAAUUGAAUUAUACAAUUGCAAUUUCAAGAGAUGGAGUGUAUGAUGUCACUAAACGUUAUACAAGAAAGUGGCAUGAAGUUCUAUCACGUAGAAACCUAAUCACAGAGUCUUCUCUACCCAAUGUUUUAAAGAAUAUAACAAGAGAAUGUAGAAAGAACAUGAAAAUUACCAUUUCUACCCUUGAUGAACGUGACCAAAAUGAAGCAAAAGAGCUUGAAAAAAACCUACAUUCUCAAGAAAAUGACACCAUCUCAUUACCAGGGAGACUAAGUGGGGAUAAAGAAUGGAGAACAUUAAGAUCAGAACUCGGUUCCACUUCUUUAAGUUCAUCUUCUUGUCCAAUUAGAAAAAUUACAGAUGAUCAUGUUUCAAAGAUCUAUGAUGCAUUCUCUCCAUUUAUAUCUCGAUUGGUUGAAUUAUCUUCCAAACAUAAGGCGAUUGAAGCUCUUUGUUUUGUGAGAGGGGUUUUGGUUGAUCUCAAAAAGAGUUCUUUUAAAAGAAGGAGAGUUGUGAUUGAUUCAAAUGAGUUCUUUAUUCGGGAACUUUUGCCUUCUUUUGAAAUGAUGCUUGAUGCUCUUUCUUUGAAAAGUAAUGUGGAAGAAAAUGGAAGAAAAGUUGAAAUUUGUUUAAGGGAUGAUCCUGUGAGAACAUCGAUUGCAUUGCCUGUUGUUUUUCAUGCACUUGAUGAUGUGGUUUAUAAUAUAAAAAAAUGUGAUGAGUUUAUAAAAUCUUCGGUUUCUUGGCCUUUAGUGAAGGUGAAUAGAAUAUGUUGUGGGUCUGUUCUUGCUAGUGGAGAGGAGCUACCUUUUGGAAUUGCGACAUCUGCAUUUGAUGGAACCCGUUUGUCUAAAUGGGAAGAACCAAAUGGAGCAAAAGGGUGUUGGUUAAUAUACAAAGCAAAAGAUGCUGAGGUCUAUGAACUGUGCUCAUAUGAAUUCAUGUCAGCCAACGAUGCUCCAGAAAGAGAUCCAAGGGACUGGGUAAUUGAAGGUAGUGAUGAUGGAGGUGGCAGCUGGCGUAUUUUGGAUGAACAAACUUCUCAGAUGUUUGACAACCGUUUCCAGCGAAAAGCAUAUAAGGUCAAGCUGCAAGGAUUCUUUACAAAUGUAUUCAGGUUACGGUUUCUAGCAGUUCGUGAUGGACAAACGAAUUCACGGUUCCAAAUAGGAAGCAUCGACUUAUUCGCAAGUGGAAAUGUGAAAUGUCUGGUUCAGAACCCUUAUUGUGAUUUUCGAGAGGCGGACCCCACUGAUUAUGAGCUACUAGCCAUGAAAACUCAGGUUGAGCCAGAGCAAACGAAGGCGGACAUGCAAGCGCAGUCGGCGGAGUUGAAGGCACGGAUUGAUGUGAUGAAGAGGAUUAUGAUGGUGGUGUUGGUGUUGGUGGUUGGAAUGGCAGUAGGGUUUGGGGUUAUUGGUGUUGGGUGGAUGUAGAUGUAUGGGUAAAAGAUGGGUGUGGUUAAACACACCCAUUUAAAAAGUUAGUGACACAAUUAUUACCUAUGGGAACACUAAAAUCCAUGAAAUACAUUUACGUUUAUGGUCU